AUGGCCAAUUUAGAUGAGUACCAUUUUGUGAAGGAAAAUAAAUUUUGUGAUAGUUUCAGAAUUGUUUGGCUUCACGCCUACUUGAUUUUAACCGGAUUAUCAAUCGGCCUUAUAGUCACACUUUGGGGUCAAUUUUUGCUAAAUCCAACUGUAACAUCUUUAGAAACAAGUUAUCAUCCAAUUGAAAAAAUUGUGUUUCCGGGAGUUGCUAUUUGUAACAUUAAUAAAAUUAGUCGACGAGAAGCCCAAUCAUUUGCAAAUUAUGUGGCUAAUCAUACAAAAACAAACUUCAGUGAAGCUUUCAAACUAGCAAAAUUUUUUGGCAAUUUUUACGAUUUUGAUUUUAACAUCGCCGAUGAAAAGAGUUACAAACAAUUACAAUCAAUCCUUGAUGGGUUACAACUCGACGUUGCCAAAUUAAUGAAACAGUUUACGACUCGGUGCCAAAAUUUGUUAAUCAAAUGUCGCUGGAAAGGUGUGAUAAAAAAUUGCGAUGAAAUUUUCAAAAUGGAAUUGACCUAUGACGGAUUUUGCUGCACAUUUAAUUAUGUCAAAGAGAGUUUAAUGAAUGAGUCCUUAGAGAUUUUAAAUGGCACUGAAGGCCUCACUAGAGGCUUGUCAAUUACUGUAAUAAACGACCUUGAGGAUUAUUUUUACACUUCUUUGGAAUCGCAGGGAGUGACAGUACAAAUUUUUGCACCAAACGACUACCCCGACAAGCCCAGUGGGGGCCUCAGCGAGGUCGUGGUCCAAGUCGGGACUGAAAAUUUCCUGAAAAUUACUCCAACUACGGUUUUUUCGGCCAAAGAAGUCAUGAAAUAUCACGUUUCUAAACGCCAGUGCCUCUUUGAUGAGGAACGAGUGACCACAUUCGAGGGAAUUUAUUCCCAAAGCGACUGUAAUGUCGAUUGUCGAAUUGCCAGUGCUUUGGCUUUGUGUCAAUGUCUCCCAUUUACUAUUCCUUUGGAUGGUGACGAAUCGGUUUGUACUUUUCAGGAUUUGCAAUGUUUGAAUCAGUACAAAAAUAAAUGGAACACCCUAUAUCCUGAAACCGACAAUUUUGGGCUUUUACAACACGAACAACAUGAUUCGUUACGUUGCCAACAAAGAUGUUAUCCUUCGUGUGAUGCCACGUUGUUUGAGGUUUUGCCAGAUAGUUCACCUGUUCACAAGUGAUUUGGUAACCCAAAUUUUGUGUUUUUCUCAACUUAUUUAUUUCUAGUAUGGGGAAUUAUUCAAUUAUUCAUAUUUAUUAUGCGAAUCGGUUCUCAAAACUGUUCAAACACGAUGUUGUUUACUACUGGUUUGAAAUUUUAAGUGCGUAGAAAUUGGAUUUAAUUUGAAUUAAGUUGGAAGUUUUAGGCAAUUUUGGGGGAACUUUUGGAAUCAUUGUUGGAUUUAGUGUGAUUUCUGUCACUGAAUGCUUGGUUUUCAUGUUUCAAUUCACAAAAAAGAAAUGCUUUGCAUAAUGAAUGACACUUAUUUAUAGGUACAAAUAAUGUCUUGCUGUCUUAUUUAUAAAGUUUUUAUUCGUUUUCUUAUUAAUUUAGAAAAUAAACAAUUUUUU